CUUUAGACUUGUGAGUGUUGCUUAGAUGUUUGGUUAGUUCUCUGCUUAAGAAAGGAACCUGCACAGAGACAUGGCCGGGGAAAAGACAAAGAAGCAGGAGGACGAGAAGGCAGAGUUGCACCUUCGGAGACAAAUCGGGCUGUUUUCUGCCGUCUGUUUUAUCGUCGGUUCCAUGGUGGGCAGCGGGAUUUUCAUUGCACCCAAAGGAGUCCUGAUGAAUAGCGGCAACAGCGUGGGGCUCUCCCUGCUGGUGUGGACGCUAGGUGGGGUCCUCUCCUUGUUUGUGCUCGUGGUGGCAGUGAACUGCUGGAGUGUGUCCAUGGCGUCUCGCACUCAGGUCACCCUGACUUUUAUCAAAACGUUUGCCCUGAUCCUCAUCAUUGUCCCCGGUGUCAUCGCUCUGUCCAAAGGACAGACAGAGAAUUUCCAAAAUGGUUUUGAUGUUGAUGUAACAUCACUACACAAGUUACUGCUGGCGUUCUAUAACGGUUUAUAUGCCUAUGGUGGAUGGUUUUAUCUGAACUUCGUCACAGAAGAAGUCAUCAAUCCAAUCAGAAACAUCCCUCUGGCUGUGAUCUUAUCCAUGGUGACUGUGACCGUCUUCUACGUGCUUAUUAAUGUGGCCUAUUACACAGUGAUGAUGCCUGCUGAGAUGCUGCAAUCUGAUGCUGUGGCUGUGACGUUUGCCAAUCGUACACUCCACUGGAUCGUUUUUCUUGUCCCUGUACUGGUGGCCUUGUCGUGCCUGGGGACAAUGAAUGGAGCCCUCUUACCUGGGAUCACCCAGGAUGUUUUUUGUGGGAUCCAGAGAGGGCCACUGGCCUACGCUCUUCUCAAUGAUCCACAUCCCCAGACCUCUGCCCGCCAUACUGUUACUGGAAGUCUGUGCUACGCUGAACUUGGCACCACUUUUACAAAGUCAGGAGCCCACUACACCUAUCUGCUGGAGACACUAGGGCCACUGCCUGCCUUCUUACGCCUCUGGGUUGAGUUUCUGUUGAUCAGGCCGGCUGCAUCCUCCUAUGUGGCCCUGGCAUUCGGGCGUUACGUAGUAGAGCCGUUCUUUGCACCUUCCGCUGCUCCCACAGUGCUCGUCAAACUCGUCAGUAUCCUCGGACUGAUGCUCGUGAUGGCAGUGAACUGCUGGAGUGUGUCCAUGGCGUCUCGCACUCAGGUCACCUUGACUUUGAUUAAAACGUUUGCCCUGAUCCUCAUCAUUGUCCCCGGUGUCAUUGCUCUGUCCAAAGGACAGACAGAGAAUUUACAAAAUGGUUUUGAUGUCGACGUAGCGUCAUUGAACAAGUUACCACUGGCGUUCUAUAACGGUUUAUACACCUACAGUGGUUGGUGAGCAAACAUACAGUGCAUCAUGAGGGCCACUUUAAAAACAAUUUAGUGGAUAUCUGGCUGAAAGAUUAAGUAAACUAACCACCAGGGGCAGAACGAUCUCUCAUGCAUCACGAUAAUCGUAUCCUGGCACCAGAAUCAAAUCGUGUUUUUUUCUUGAUGAGUAUAGUGAUACUAAGAAAUGUGACUGACUGCGUGGAAGAAAUAAUGAGCUCUCUUGCAAAAUAAUCAUAAAUGGUCCAUAAAAUACACAAUUACAAAAUAAAUAACAUCAAUGAUUACAAUUUAUAUUUCAAAAUCAUGAGUUUCUUAAAACAUUCACUCCAGAUUACUUCUUUUUUCUUCAUGAUAUGUGGAUUAGGUUUGGGGAAAAAAGUAUUUGUCAAAAAAUGUGGAUAUGUGUUUAAAAUAAAUAAAAAAAGAUCCACAUCCAGAAGUAAAUAACCAGAAUUGCAAUGGUUCUUUCUCUUUGUACGACUGUCACUCACUGUUUACGCCACCAAAUGUUUAUGGCAAAUGGUUAAAAAAAUGUUUUAAGAAACAGAUCAAGAACGGUGACUUUAACAAUGGAUAGGAACUCAGUUGCACGGACAUCACAGUAUGUGCUGUUACUUAACUUUUCCUCCUAGGCAAAAGUAUAUAUUUUUUUUUUACACAUUUUACAAACUUCAUGUUUUGACAAUAGCAAGGCUCCCAUUUUGACUUAAAUGGGAAUUGGUCGGUAAUUCAUGCAGAUACAGUUUGUCCACAGUAGGUUCUGUGAUGAAUGACAUACAAAACUUAAUCAUCGGUCUUAUCAGACGGUUUCACCGUGCAGCAAAGUACAGCAGAGUUGGGAAGGAGAGGAUUUUAAUAUAAAAACACCCGAAUACCAAAAAUAUGGAAGAUGGACAAAUAAUAUUGGGUGUCAUUUGACGGUUUGGACAAAAAUAUUCAUCAGCUGGACACUGAUGAAGAAAUGAACAGUGGAUUUAUGUUGGAAACUCUCAGCGUUUGGUGUGUACCACAAGAACUGUUAAAUUCCAAAAAUAAGCAAGAUGGACAAAUAAAUGUGAGGUGAACCAUUAUUGGAUGUUAUUUGAUACAGAUGAACACUGAUUACUGGUUUACAGUGUUGGAAACACUACAAUAAAAAUGUAAGUCCAUUUGUUUUUUUAAUCAAGUCUAUAAAGUCACAAAGUUAAAUUUAGCCUCUCUCAUUUUCGUUACAUACGGCCUCAACUAUCUGUACAGGCAGCUAAAGUUUUUAUGCAUGCAAUGAUUUGAUCACAUAUUAAAUACUGCCUGACUACAUGGUCCAAUGCAAAUGCAACAGCGCUCAAGCCACUAGAGACCCUUUAUAAACAAACUAUCAAAGUAUUGGAUAGGAAGCCUCAGCGCUACCACCACUGUUAUUUUACAAAAAUAUAAACUUUUAAAUUGGCAAAAUAUGAUUAAAUAUGUAAAUGUAUGUCUCUUGUUUAAAGUUAUAAAUGGUCUGUCCUCUCCCCCUCUGGAACAGUUUGUGAAUGUAAGGUCUGCUGCUGUUUGUAACACCAGGGGAGCCACUAGAGGAGACUGUGUGGUCCCACUGAGAAGUGUUUUUGGUCAGGCUUCUUUCUCUGUGAGGGCAGCACAAGAGUGGAACACAGUACCUAUGGUCAUUAGAGAAAUGACGACCCUUAACACAUUUAAGGUUAAUCUGAGGAAGUGGUUCGUUGACCAUCAAACAUGUCAGCACCAAAUCUCCUGAAUAUUCUUAGAAAAUAUAUUUAACCUGCAUGUUUAAUUCUUUUUUUUUAAAUAUAUAUAAUGUUUACUAAAUUGUAUAAUAAUGUGAAGUGUUUUAUGUAUGUAUUUUAACUAACACUUAUUUUUAGGGUGAUUGCUACCACCUGCCCAGGGACUGCAGAUGAAAAACAGCCACUAAGGCUAAUUCUGGUGCAUUUACAGAAAUGUUCAUUAAUGUACAUUGUCCCUGUCAAAUAAACUAAUAAAUAAAUAAAUAA